CUGGGCGCUGCGGGCGGACUGGGCGGGAGGAGCGGGAGGAGCGCGAGGAGGAGGGAAGGGGCUGGUCCAGGGAAGUGCGACGUGUCUGCGAGCCCUUUUAUACCUCCUUCGGGACCGGGCCGCCGCCGACCGCGCCGCCGCCUUCCGAGCGACCUUCGUGUCCGUCCCGCGCUCCGGGGCCGCGCCGCCCUGCCAGCAGCAGCAUGUCGGGGGUCAAGAAGCCGAGGACGGAAAAUCAACAGAAAUCCACCAACGUAAUCUAUCAGGCCCACCACGUAAGCAGGAGUAAGAGAGGUCAAGUGGUUGGAACAAGAGGGGGGUUCCGAGGAUGCACUGUUUGGCUGACAGGUCUUUCCGGUGCUGGGAAAACCACAAUAAGUUUUGCUCUGGAAGAGUACCUCGUCUCCCACGCCAUCCCAUGUUACUCCCUGGAUGGGGACAAUGUCCGUCAUGGCCUUAACAAAAACCUUGGAUUCUCUCCUGGAGACCGAGAGGAAAAUAUCCGCCGGAUUGCUGAGGUGGCCAAGCUGUUUGCCGACGCUGGUCUGGUCUGCAUUACCAGCUUCAUUUCUCCAUUCACAAAGGAUCGUGAAAAUGCCCGCAAAAUCCAUGAAUCAGCAGGACUGCCAUUCUUCGAAGUAUUUGUCGAUGCACCUCUAAAUAUUUGUGAAAGCAGAGAUGUAAAGGGCCUGUACAAACGGGCACGAGCUGGGGAGAUUAAAGGAUUUACAGGUAUUGAUUCUGACUAUGAGAAGCCUGAAACUCCUGAGUGUGUGCUCAAAACCAAUUUGACUUCCGUGAGUGAUUGUGUUCAGCAGGUGGUGGAGCUCCUACAAGAGCAGAACAUCCUACCCCAUACAAUAAUCAAAGGGAUCCAUGAACUUUUUGUGCCUGAAAACAAACUUGAUCAAGUUCGAGCUGAAGCCGAGUCUCUCCCUUCACUGUCAAUUACCAAGCUGGAUCUCCAGUGGGUCCAAGUUCUGAGUGAAGGCUGGGCCACGCCCCUCAAAGGAUUUAUGCGGGAGAAGGAGUACUUGCAGGCGCUGCACUUUGCCACUCUGCUAGAUGGCCUGGUCCUUCCUGAUGGAGUGCUCAACAUGAGCAUCCCCAUCGUGCUGCCCAUCUCUGCGGAUGACAAGGCACGGCUGGAGGCGUGCAGCGAAUUUGCCCUCACGUAUGCUGGACGCAGGGUGGCCAUUCUAUGUGACCCUGAAUUCUACGAGCACAGGAAGGAGGAGCGUUGUUGUCGUGUGUGGGGGACAUCAUCGACAAAGCACCCUCACAUCAAAAUGGUGAUGGAAAGUGGAGACUGGCUGGUCGGCGGCGACCUUCGAGUGCUGGAGAGAAUCCGGUGGGACGAUGGGCUGGACCAGUACCGCCUGACGCCUCUGCAGCUCAAACAGAAAUGCAGAGAAAUGAAUGCUGAUGCGGUGUUUGCGUUCCAGUUGCGCAACCCUGUCCACAAUGGCCAUGCUCUGCUGAUGCAGGACACCCACCGGCGGCUCCUGGAGAGGGGCUACCAGCACCCCGUGCUGCUGCUGCACCCCCUGGGGGGCUGGACCAAGGACGACGACGUGCCUCUGGAGUGGCGCAUGAAGCAGCACGCAGCCGUGCUGGAGGAGAGAGUGUUGGACCCCAAGUCCACCAUCGUAGCUAUCUUUCCAUCUCCCAUGUUAUACGCCGGCCCCACAGAGGUCCAGUGGCACUGCAGGUGCCGGAUGAUAGCAGGUGCCAACUUCUACAUUGUGGGCAGGGACCCUGCAGGAAUGCCCCACCCUGAGACCAAGAAGGACCUGUAUGAAGCCACACAUGGGGGCAAGGUCCUGACCAUGGCACCAGGCCUCACCUCUGUGGAAAUCAUUCCGUUCCGAGUGGCUGCUUACAACAAAGCCAAAAAGGCCAUGGACUUCUAUGAUCCAGAAAGGCACAAUGAGUUCGACUUCAUCUCAGGAACUCGUAUGAGGAAGCUCGCCCGGGAAGGAGAGAACCCUCCAGAUGGCUUCAUGGCCCCCAAAGCGUGGAAAGUGCUGACAGAUUACUACAGGUCCCUGGAGAAGAUCAACUAAGUGCUCUGUGGCUCCAACAUUUCUUCCCGAAGUGCUCUUUGAUUACCUUUUCUAUUUUUAUUUUUUGUGAUUAGAUGCUUUGUAUCUAAAUGUUUCUUGGUGAGUGAUGUUAAAGUUAGUAUUUUAUGAGGUAAAAAUUGUGCGUGUAAUUUAAGGUCAACUUCAUAUAUAUAAGCAGAUAAAAAUCUUACCAACAAUAUUGUUUGACAUUUCAGAGUGAAAUUAGCUAUAUGGUGUGCUGCAUCUGAGCAGAUAGGUCCCAGAAUGCAUGCAUAUAUAUAUAUUUUUUUUUAAUUUUUUUCCAAUUAAAGCUUUGACCAUGUGUCACAUGUCAAAAAUAAGCAUAUUUUCCAGCUUAACCUUGCUGAAUAUCAUAUCCCGGUAGUAAACUAAAUCAGAUAGACUCCUCCUCCUUCCUGUAUAACUGUCCUCCCGCCAACCUAAAUGAGAUAUGGAUUGUAUCAGAAGUCCUGUCAUCUUUUACCUCAUGACUGCAUACAGCCUCACUGCCCAAUAACCUAAGUGCUGAAGACCUGACUGGAGAAGCCAAGUGCAUGGUAAUGUUCAUCUUAGAGGUCUAUGCAGCCUAACUUCUGCCAGGAAAGUUAGACUGUCUAGCAAGAAGUCUAAUGGCCUUCUGUGAAUAAUGUCCAACAUGGUGACUUUUAAUGUGUUUUGAUUAAAAAAAUUAUUCCCAGGGGUCAAACAAUCUGGCAAUCUUGGGGAGAGUUAUUUUUUGUCCUCUUUGCUGUGGUCAUAUCCUACAGUCUAAGCCUACUCCACUGCAGCAGCAGCAACUGUUGCCAAAGAGAACUCAUACCAUGAGACUAGCCAGGUGCUAGAACAGGAAAGAUCCAGGAAAAUACAAAAUUGAAACCCUUCAUCUUAGAAGUGAAUAAGGCGAUGCACAUGGAAGUGCUGCACAAGCUGCUGAAA